AUGGUGAAUCUUAAUCAGGAGCAAAUUGCACAACCCACGGCUACAAACAUGUUCAAUAAGAAAAAUGAUCUUCUUUCCACUGCCAUGAAGAGGACUAGUGAAUGGAUCUUUUCGCAGGAAAUCCCGAGUGAUGUAACUGUUAGAGCAGGAGGAACUUCCUUUUCAUUGCACAAGUUCCCAUUGGUCUCAAAAUGUGGAUACAUAAGGAAGUUAGUAUCAGAAUCCACUGAUACUGAUCUUGCUGUUAUUGAUAUCCCUGGUAUUCCCGGAGGAGCAGAGGCAUUUGAACUCGCUGCAAAAUUUUGUUAUGGAAUAAACUUUGAGAUAAGUACAGAAAACAUUGCCAUGCUUAGGUGUGUAGCUGAAUAUCUUGAGAUGACAGAAGACCAUGCAGUUGGAAAUUUAGUUGAAAGAACCGAGAAAUACCUACACGGAGUGGCAUUAAAGAGCCUUGCAGGGGCAGUUACCAUUUUGCAUUCUUCUGAAAUCCUGCUUCCCCUAGCAGAAAAAGUAAAAUUGGUGAGCCGAUGCAUAGAUAUGAUAGCAUUUGUGGCCUGUAGAGAUAGCCAUUUUAGCGCAUCAGGGAGGGCGGAGAGUGACAAGAAUGAUUCGAUAUCCUCCAAAUCAUCCAUGUCCAAUACGAAGCCUGUUGUUGAGUGGUGGGCUGAAGAUUUGACUGUCCUUCGAAUCGAUUUCUUUCAAAGGGUUCUCAUUGCAAUGAUGGCAAGGGGAUUCAAACAAAAUGCUCUUGGUCCAAUAUUAAUGCUGUAUGCACAAAAAUCUCUUCGUGGGUUGGAAAUUUUUGGAAAGGGUAGGAAGAAAAUUGAGGCAAGAGAAGAACACGAGAAACGGGUUGUUUUGGAAACAAUAGUUAGUCUUCUGCCAAGAGAGAAGAAUGCCAUGUCAAUUAGCUUUCUCUCGAUGCUUCUUCGAGCUGCAAUACAUCUUGAAACGACAGUUGCUUGCAGGCUUGACUUGGAAAAGAGGAUGGCCUUGCAACUAGGACAGGCUGUGUUAGACGAUUUACUAAUUCCAUCUUAUUCUUUCACCGGGGAUACAUUGUUCGAUGUUGAAACUGUGCAGAGGAUAAUGGUGAAUUACCUGGAAUAUGAAAUGGAGGGGAAUAGAUCGGGAUACAAUGCAGAUGAAGAGUAUAUUUCUUCUUCACAAAGUGAUAUGGAGUGUGUCACAAGGUUAAUGGAGAGCUAUCUUGCUGAAAUUGCUUCUGACCGCAAUUUAUCUGUCUCAAAGUUCAUCAGUCUUGCAGAACUAAUUCCUGAACAGUCACGAAUAACAGAAGACGGAAUGUAUAGGUCCAUUGAUAUCUACUUGAAGGCUCAUCCGGCAUUAAGUGAUAUGGAGAGAAAGAAAGCUUGCAGUGUGAUGGACUGUCAAAAGCUUUCUCGGGAAGCUUGUGCCCACGCAGCUCAAAAUGACCGACUACCGGUCCAGACAGUAGUUCAAGUGCUUUACUACGAGCAACAACGCCUCAGGGAAGUCAUGGACAGCAGCCUCAAUGAUUCUCCUUCUCUUCCAAGUAAACCGAAUAAGUUCUCCAUUGAAAUCCACCCUGUACUAGAUGAGCUCUCGACUCUACGUAAAGAAAAUCAGGACCUGAAACUUGAGUUGGUGAAAAUGAAAAUGAGAUUGAAAGAAAUCGCAAAAUCUGAUGAUCCUAAAGCAUCGUUUGGUAGUCCCUCAGGCAAUCGUCUAUCCUUUGAUAAGCCUCCUUUGCCUAGAAAAUCUUUCAUAAGCUCCAUCUCAAAAACCAUUGGCAGAUUUAUUUGGGCUGACGGAAUCGUACCUCAAAGCGCCAAACGUCGAAAUAAACCAAGCAAAGAUAGGCGACAUUCCAUAUCAUGA